AGGUAUGAGGAAGAGACACAGUCAGUGAGUCAACACGGGGUAGUGGCAAUCAAUGGCUCCUGGUGAUCGCUUCACGAGCCCUCCCUUGCGUCAUCCAUCACAAAGCGACCUCGACAAAGAAGUACAGUCUGCGGCGUGUGGUGAUCUGGACGGCAGGCACUCUAGUGAAGAGACCUUUGCUGUAGGGCCAACAUGCCACGCUGCCGGCACGGACUGGUGCUGGUGCCAUGGAGCGUCUUGAUCCUGCUGCUGGGAGUGUCCUCUGGCCUGGGUGGUGCGGUGCCGGGGGAAGCUCCGCUUCAUGUGGUGCGAUUUAUGGUGGAAGGAGUGACCACUACCACCAGCUACCUGGGCGUCCCCAGCAAUAACCUGCCGGAUUUGAAGGAGGUAACACUCUGUCUUCAUUUUCGACUGUGGCAGUUUUCCAAUCUGUCUCCCUUCCUCAGCUAUUACGCUAAUGGGGCAGACAAUGAACUAACCAUAGGCAUCCGAGGCAAUACAAUGCAGUUACAGGUGUAUUGCUGUGAAAAUUCAGUAUCAGUACGUAAGCAGCUUCCUCCUCUGAGGCCGUUCCUGUGGCAUCACCUGUGUGUCGCCCUUACCUUGGAGACGCGGUCAGCGGUGAUAGUCAUAAAUGAUCAAAUUAUUAAUGGGACUCUAAACGAAGACACGGGACGUUCUUUAGUCAUUAGUGGAGGAGGACGCCUCGUGAUCGGCCAAGAACUGGAUUCCGCCAAGGGUUAUUUUAAUAUUUUUCAAACCCUUAUUGGUGAGGUCGCUGACUGGACGCUGUUGAAUGAGUCUCUGAGCGUGAAGGAAAUGAGGGAUUACGUCGCCUGCCGCGGCCUUCCCGACCGUGUUCAUCCACUGCUCCACCUGGACACUUCUAUGUUAGGAUGGGAACUUUACGGCCCGUCUCUCUCGUAUAACUUGACCGUGGACGAUGUGUGUCGCCGUAGAUUUAUAGACUCCUUAGUGAUGUUUCCGCAUAGGGUGGAACAGAGGGAAGCUACCAGGUUCUGUGAGAUGCUUGGUGGGAAGCUCCCUUUGCCCCAAAACCAAGAAGACAAUGAUGAUCUGAUUGUCUUAGCUAGAGACUAUGAACAAGAGUGUAUCAACAACUGGAAUACCGUUUCUUGGCUGGGAAUCUUCGGAAACAUCACAGCUGAGGCAUGGCAAAGUCAAUCAGACUUCACGCCACUGACUUGGACAAAUUUUCAGUCACGUUUCAAUCCUCCCACAAAAGUAUGCAGCUGUGUAAGCCUUUAUGUUAUCAACAACUCUUCCUUAUGGGCUUGUGUACCGUGUACAGAAGAAACAUGUGCUAUUUGUCAUUUUCCAAACACUCCAUUUCUGUACUUGAGAGGUCUCUGUAAAGAUAGUGAAUUCGAUGAUACAUUCAUAUUAAAGAGUGAUCAAGGAAACACUCCCUUAUAUAUAGGAAAAUUUAAAAGCCGUAUAUCACUAAUAAAGGACACUUGGAGGCUUGAAUCAACUUUGAAUGAAAGCAGAUCUUCCGCCACAAUGAAGGACGACGUAUCAACCAGCCCGAUUGGCAGACACAACUGGAGUAUAAACAGUGAUGAGUGCGGACAACUACAGAAAGAGCUGUUGCUGUCGGCGUGCAACAGUGAGCAGUUUCCGUGUGACGACGGGCAGUGUGUGGCUCAAGAUCAGCGUUGUGAUCAAGUAUCUGACUGUUAUGAUGGGAGUGACGAGCAAGAUUGCGCCGUGAUCUUGGUGCCGAAGGAAUACCAAAGGAAAGUCACUCCUCCCCCAAUGUCUGACGGUGCCCUCUCUCUCCACCUCACCCUCAGGAUAAUCUCCGUCAGAAACUUCGAUCUCGUUGGUUUCAAAAUCGAUCUCGACAUGAUUCUUGUCGUGGAAUGGAAGGACAUUAGACUGAACUUUUUCAACUUGAGGGAUAGCAUUUUCUCCAACCGUGUGACUGAAUAUAAAAAAAUCUGGAUGCCGAAGUUCUCUGUGGUAUCAGGCAAUAGAGUUCCUGCAGAGACUCUGCCGAGCACCCCGCUCAUCCUGCAAGUUAGGCGCGAACACCCGCCCCUCCCAGACGACACAACCAGCGUUACUAAAGAUGAGAUUUUUGACGGCACCAACAACCCUCUUGUGCUACGUCUACCAAUUUCCAUCACACUGAACUGCCAGUUUUACCUUAGAACUUAUCCCUUCGACGACCAGCAGUGCACGUUUGUAUACUUCCUUAACAACGGGAACAAUGUUUCCUUCAUAUUGAAUUCGGUGGCGUUCACUGGUUAUCGACAACUACUGGAGUACGAGGUAGUGGGAACGUCGGGCGUUGUCAACAACUCCGCUAUUUCCUCUUUUUCGGUAAGAAAUUGGUAUUAUUUUGGUCUGUUCUUUAUUCUACGAUUAAAAUUCACCGUGGUGAUAAAAUUCACGAACCAGUUUGGUUACUACGUGGGCAACGCAUUCCUACCCAGCAUCUUCCUGGUCAUCAUCUGCUAUCUCACUUUUUGGUUCUCCCUUGAUGACUUCCAGGACCGCAUCAUGGUGUCACUCACGUCACUGCUGGUGCUCACUGGCUUGAUGACGCAAACUAGCCAAUCCAUCCCCAAGACAGCGUACCUCAAGCUCAUCGACGUUUGGUAUAUCGUCCUUAUUUUCAUAGACUUUUUGAUUAUCGUAGUUCUGGCAGUGAUUGAGAACCUCCGCCAGCACACUAAGUCAGGAGAGGUCAAGGUCAUAAGGAGUUCCAAUGGUGAUAAGCAGAAGGCGCCGUUCGUGUGGCUGCCUCAACCUGGCCCAGGUGUAGAGAGCAAAGUCAACGCCAUCUCCAUCGUGGUGUUCCCUUUAGUCUGCAUCAUCUUCAUCGUUGUCUAUUUUGCCAUUGGCCUUUCCUACAUCGCUAAUUGAUGCUGGUGUUUAUUUGCCUUUUUCGGAUGUUCUGUGUCUAUAUUAUUAUUAUUCUUAUCGUUGUUGUUAUUAUUCACAUUGUCUGCUAAAACUAUUGCUCGUUUGAAUCCUAAAAUCGUUGUAUUCAGGUCACUUUUUACCCCUUCAGCACCAUGACGCGUUUUCGUAUUCACUCUGAUGAUUAUUUGGUGAUUUUAUACAGCUUCAAAUACUCAUGAAGGAGUUAAAAUAGUAAAGACUGUGGCCCUUAA